UUCAACAACAACACAGACUUUUCGGCGUGCAGACACAUACCUCCAAGUCAAGGCAGUAAAACAAAAAGAUCCCCAAGAGGAGUCGUUGGUGAGUUUUUAAAGCGCUGAGCUUUUUUUUUUUUUCUUGCAAAGUCCUUCGUUCCAAUGAAGAGCAAAAACAAAAAAAACAAAAAGCAGCUUGUAUUCACGCUUGUCACACGCAGUCGUUCUGUUGACGCGCCGUCCUUCUCAUCACUUUGUCAUAAAAUGCCGAGUGUCGUGAGACGCGUGACGCAAAGAACCUCGGGACUUCUUGGGGUUUGACAUCGCCUUCGUCACAGUUUUUAGCGAGAUGGCCCCAAAAAAUUGAGCGGCGGAAAAGCAAAAAGCGACGACGUCGAGCCGCUAAAUGACGUCACUCGUGUUCACAUUUACCGCACACAGGUUUGAAGACUAUUCUUGAACCCACCCGAUUUGGCGGCUGACACGAUGACUCAAAGGCAGAUCGUCCAAGUCUUUGAGCAGUAUAAUAAGUCAAGAAUGCAGUUUGUGCAAACUGUUGCCGAUCUGGCUGAUCGGCCGCAAAACAUCGAAAUACUCCAAAGGGCAGGUGUGAUGUCUAUGUUGAGGCCCCUGAUGCUGGAUGUGGUUCCUGGAAUCCAGCAGAAAGCAGCCUUGGCGCUGGGCCGCCUGGCCGUCCACAACGCCGACCUGGCUGACAAUUUGGUGAAGGAAGACAUCCUGCCGCAGCUUAUCCACUCUCUAAACAACCAAAAUAGGUUGUAUAAGAAAGCAGCAGCGUUUGUGUUGCGUGCCGUGUCCAAACACUCUCCCGAGCUCGCUCAGGCAGUGGUAACAAACGGAGGUGUGGAUGCUCUCGUUUGCUGUCUCGAGGACUUUGACCCCGGUGUGAAAGAAGCGGCCGCCCUGGCUCUGGGUUUUAUUGCACGACAUAAUGAUGCUUUGUCCCAGUCCAUUGUGGAUGCGGGUGCUGUCCCCAUGCUCGUGUUGUGCCUCCUGGAGCCGGAAAUUGCCCUCAAACGCACCGCAGCCUCUGUGCUCAGCGACAUCUCUAAACACACGCCCGAAUUGGCCCAAAUCGUUGUGGAAGCGGGUGCUAUUGCACAUCUGGCACAGAUGAUUCUUAACCCAGACACCAAACUCAGGCGGCAGGUUUUCUCUGCUCUCGGUCAGAUCAGCAAACAUUCGGUCUGCCUGGCCGAGAUGGUGAUUGAAGCCGAUGUCUUCCCCGCGGCCAUGAUGUGCCUCAGGGAUCAGGACGAGUGCGUGAAAAAUAACGUGACCAUUCUGAUGAGAGAGGUGGUCAAACACACCCCUGAGCUGUCCCAAGUAAUCGUAAACUGCGGCGGCACGUCAGAAGUGAUCUCUUACCUCGGCGAGUGCCGUGGAAGUCUAAGGUUACCGGGGAUUAUGAUGUUGGGAUAUGUGGCAGCGCACAGUGAGAACCUGGCCAUGGCCGUCAUUCUCUCUCAAGGCUUGCUUCAGCUCGCUCUAUGUCUAUCCGAGGAGACGCAACAUCACAUUAAGGCCGUCACGGCCUGGUGCAUAGGCCAGAUAGGGCAUCACACGCCUGUUCACGCCAAGUCCGUUGCCACUGCCAACUUAUUGCCCAAGUUGUUGCAACUCUACAUGGACGCUAACAGCUCAGAAGACCUGCAGAACAAAAGUAAAAAGGCUCUGAAGAUGAUCUUACAAAAGUGCACCUUCCUUCCAGCGCUGGAGUCACUCCUCUACGACGCCCCGAGUAAUAUCAUCAAACACGUCGUCUGUCAGUUCAGCAAGGUGUUGCCUCACGACAGUCAGGCUCGCCGUCAGUUUGUGACCAGCGGAGGGUUAAAGAAAGUGCAAGAAAUCCAAGCGGAACCGGGCUCCGUCCUGCAGGAACACAUUAAUUCCAUCAACAGCUGCUUCCCAGAGGAGAUAGUCAGGUACUACUCUCCUGGCUACUCAGAGGUGUUGUUGGAACGCUUAGAGAACUUUAAGAUCUCCUGAGUCCAACUGGCACCCCCGUGCAACGUUACCGCAAAAACCACAUGCUCCAAAUAUGCUUCAAACAUUCAACAUGUGACCGGAUGUUUUAUGAUUAAUAACCAAACCUUGAAAUUCGUUGACUCCAUGCACAUGAGAUUAUUUUGGAAAAUUGUGCCUGUAGAGUGGAGUGAAUGUUACAUAACGUAAAA